CAGCAAGUGCUGCCAUCUCGCCGUUGUUGUGUUGUUAACGAAAGUGAAAAUUUGUAUAAGAGGAAGAGUCAAUCGGUAUCUCUCUCAGUCUGCCGAAAGCCGUCAGCGAAAACUUCGCGAGGGAGAAAGGGACACAAUCAUGGCAAGAAGUCCAGUGAAAAUUCGAAACUUUUUCGACUUCUCAGCAAAGCUGUUGUCUGGUGAAGAUAUCAACAUGAGCCGCUACAAGGGCAAAGUGAUUCUGGUGGAAAACGUCGCCUCCUUGUGAGGCACGACUGUACGGGAUUUUACCCAGAUGAACGAGUUGAACUCCAAAUUCAAAGGUCAGCUCGUUGUCUUGGGAUUCCCGUGCAAUCAGUUUGGUCACCAGGAGAACGCCUCAGGCCAGGAAAUCCUAAAUUCCUUGAAGCAUGUACGCCCUGGAAAUGGAUUUGAACCAAACUUUCCAAUCUUUGACAAAGUUCUUGUGAAUGGACAGGAUGCCCAUCCCAUCUUUCAGUUCCUUCGAGAAUCACUGACAUAUCCUUCCGACGAACCAACAGAAUUUAUAAGCAACGCUAAACUUAUCAUUUGGGAGCCUGUCACACGAUCAGACAUUGCAUGGAAUUUUGAAAAAUUUUUGAUUGGUCCGGAUGGAAAACCAUACAAACGUUACAGUCGAAAGUUCCAAACCUGUAACAUUGGUUAUGACAUUGCUGAGCUUAUAAAACUGCACAACUUGUAAUUCGAACUUGCGUAAAGACAGAUAAAAAAAUUGAAUGCUUAUAUCUUAGUUGAUGAUAUCUUAAAAUUUGUAUUUGAUGAAUGAAAAAAAGUGUCAUAGCUUUGUUUUAUUGGUAAAUAUAGUCACGAGAUGAAGUGAUGUGCAUGAUUUCAAAAAUCCACAUUUUGUGUUUUAGACUUUUGCCCUCGAGUUUCUUGUUAAUGAACAGCUGCUACAUCCUGUUAUCUCACAUACUGCUUUAAAGUGAUUUUUAUAUACCGGGUGUUUAUUUCCAAGAAUUUUCUCAAGGCUACAGUAUUUGAUACACUUCUACGCAAUGAUAUUAUCUAGGAUUUUUAUAGUGAACUGUUUUAGUUUUUAAGUCCAUAGUUUACAUUACACUAUUAUAAAUAAGAGAUUUUUACAGGCGGUAUUACAAUGGUUCUCAGUUUCUACUCAAUUCUGCUCCCAAGAUAAUUAAGUGCUUGAAGUUAAGUUUUUACAAUGUAUCAAUUUAUACAAAAGAUAUAACUAUUUAUUUAAGAGGCAUUGUGAGAUUUGUGAUGUGCUGAAAUAUGAAGCUGGAUUUCUUCAACUGCAAUGUCACUGAGCUUUUGAUAAUGCCACUAAAUUGUUUAUGUGAUUGAAUCAUUGUGUGUAUUAUCCACAUAUUUGUGUCAUCUGGUUAAAUUCUCAUUCAUGUGCCUCAAUGGCUGUACACAGUUGACAGCAUCCUGUUGUACAAUAUUAGUGUGUGCCCAGUGUGGAAGUAUUGUGUGUAUGAAGGUGUCCACCCAAAGCCAUACAGGUCAGGGGACACUGGACGGUGUCACAAACUGACCACACUGGGUUAUGACACGCCAUGGUACAACCUCAUGCUGCAAUGAUGGUGGACCAAUAAAAUUGUAAUUGAUAUUAUGAUCACUGACUUAUUGCUUGUAGGUUUUUGACCAAUAAAUUGUAAUUGAUUUUACCAUCAC